ACCAGAAAAAAAAAGAAGAGCUAGAGGGAGAGGGAGAGACAGAGCGAGUGAGUGCGAGACAGAAGUUAGCUGAGCUCAGAGCUCCCACAAAUCACUUUGUCACCAGCAAGCUCUGACAAGCACCAGGAGAGACAGAGAGAGACAGACAGAGAGAGAGACAGAGGGAGAGAGCGCAGGAAGACAGGCAGGGACUUAAAAAGAGGUGAGAAGAGGGAAUUGUGUCAGUGGGGACCCAAGAGGAAAGGUGUGAAGGAGCUGCAUAGGAGGGCAUAAACAAAGUGAUACCGAAGGAUGGACAGAGGGAAGUGAGGACAGAGACGAGACUGCAAUCCCAUUCCCAAAGCGGUGUGAGCUGAGAGGGACUGCUGUUCCUGCUCCUGCUGCCGUCACUGCUGCCGUGCCCGGAUGGUACGCUCAUUUAAAGAGAAGGUGUGUCAAACUUGAACUUUUUGUGACAGGAGAGCAGUGUUUGAUCGAGAGAAGGAGACUUUUGCUGUGUUUUUAAUCUUGCGAUAGCGUCCAUACGUGAGCUGUUUUCAUCUUAGGAUUGAUACACAGAGAGCAUAUAGUGAUCAUAUUAUUGUGUCGGGGGAUUAAAGCGCAGUUAGAGCUGCUCUGUGUGUGUGAAGCAGGCAUGUGUGUGAGGUGCUGAAAGCAGUUUCUGUUGGAAGCGCAGCUGUGCACAGAUCACAUGCUGUUAUUGCUAAAAAGAGGUAGUCAGAGCAGAGUGCGAUACGAUAAGUUUAUCAGAUGUUUCUUCUUAAUGUCUUAAUUGUAUAGAUUUGUGACAGAAGAAACACUUUUACACACAACUUUAUCUUAUCUUUUCCCUCCACUGUGGAUAUUUGAUUAUCUCUAAGUUGACUCAAAGCCCCUGAGAGUUUUAUCUGGGCUGCGAAGGAAGGCAGAGGUCAUCUGAUCACAGUUCAGGAGAAGGGAAAUAGGAAGACCACAUUAAUUCCACUUUAAACACAGGACGUAUCAUUGCUUCACUCCCUUGCUUUGAGACAUUUAGAAAGGGCUUAUUUGAUGUCACAUCCAUGUACAAGUAGUCCUGGAUGAUCUGUGAAGAGACCUUGUGGGACAAGGAGGACAGGAAACGGUGUCAGUUGAAAAGCCAUACACUCCUAUAGUAAGUAAGUCGGGCUCUGACAACACCACUUUUCAUUUUGCUGAGUGCUGUCCUUUCACGUUGGCUCAACUGGUCCCAAGGGACACGCAAAGAGGGACUGCCUAGUGAGCAAUACAGCACCGAGCUGACAUGUGGACGUGUAUACUGUCUACUUGUUUCAAAUAAGACAGUAUUCAGCUAAACACUGCGGGUGGAGGCGUGAAAUCAUAUCAAUCACAAUCUGUAUCUGUGAGUACAGAAGCAGCUCAGUAGAAUAUUGUCAUUAGAUUAUUGUUGAUUGACGGUUGCUGUCGAGGUCCUCUGAGCCUCAGGGUGCUGUCUGCGUACCUGUUUGGCUGGGGUCUGUUAGCUUUUGACAGCUCUGCUCUGGACGUCACUGUGUUACCUGUGCGGCUGAGUCAGAGGCUGGCUCAUCACUCGAUGUCUGUCUGCCCACUGGGAUCCUGCCUCUGUGUAAAGCAGGCGUAAGUGUUAGGUGCUUUUCCCAGCAGCAGCAGUGACAGCGGUGGAAGCAGUGGCCCUGAACUUUCAGGACUUUCAGGAUUGCUGUAAUUGUUUUGCCGCAUGUAAACACCUUGCAUCACUAAGCAUACCUGGUGAGAAGCAGGCAGUGAAAGAAAAGGUCGGAGAGGAUUUUCUUAGAAUCAAAGUGCCUAAGUGCAAACAGUCAGGUUGGCACCAUGAAGCUGGCGUUCUUGAUGCUCAUGGUUGUGUACACGGUGGGCAACGUUAGCGGUAUGUCUACAUGUAGUACGGUGGACCUGGAGAUGGUGAAGAAAAAGCGCAUUGAGGCCAUAAGGAGUCAGAUCCUUAGCAAACUGCGUUUGCCAAAAGAGCCUAAGCCAGAUCAGGCUGGAGAUGAGGAGGAGAUUCCUGGCUCCCUGUUGUCCCUCUACAACAGCACCAAGGACAUACUGAAGGAGCAGCAGAUUGAGGCCCAGACACACAUCACCACCGAACUGGAGGAGGAGGAGUACUUCGCCAAGGUGCUGAACAAGUUCGACAUGAACAGGAAAAAUAACACAGGCACCACCAUGAGCUCCAGGAGCAUCCAGAUGUCCUUCAACAUCUCGGUGAUUCGGGAAAGCGUGGGGGAUUACCGCCUGCUGACCAGCGCCGAGCUACGGAUGCUCAUCAAGCAUCCCAAGGUACCCGACGAGCAGCGAGUGGAGCUGUACCAGGGCACGGAGUCCUCGGCACGCUACCUCGCUUCCCGCUUCAUAAGUAACAAGCAGAGAGACAAAUGGGUGUCCUUCGAUGUCACUGAGACCCUUCAGGACUGGCUCAAAGGGAACGACGAAGAGCAGAGUUUCGAUUUUCGGCUGUACUGUGAAUGCGGCAAACCUGACGACACGUUCCACUUUCAAAUCUCUGGGAUGACGAGCGGUAGGGGGGACACAGGGACCUUGGAAAAGAUGCAGCCGCUACCGUACAUCCUGACCAUGUCAAUCCCUCAAAACGUCAGCACCCACGUCACCUCGCGCAGAAAACGUUCCACGGAGACGAAGGACACCUGUACAGCGCAGACAGAGACCUGCUGCGUGAGAAGCUUGUACAUCGACUUCAGGAAAGAUCUGGGCUGGAAGUGGAUACAUAAGCCAGCGGGAUACCAUGCCAACUACUGCAUGGGGUCCUGCACCUACAUCUGGAACGCUGAAAACAAAUAUUCUCAGAUUUUGGCCUUAUACAAGCAUCACAACCCAGGAGCCUCUGCCCAGCCCUGCUGUGUUCCCCAGACGCUGGAGCCACUGCCAAUCCUCUACUAUGUGGGCCGGCAACACAAGGUGGAGCAGCUGUCCAAUAUGAUUGUGAAGUCCUGCAAGUGUAGCUAAAAACACAGCACGGCACAGAGCGCUGCCUCCCCUCAAACGAACUCAGAGACGGAAGAAGCCGAGUUUGAGACUACACAGGCGAGUAUGUGACAGAGAUAAAGAGGAUGAGGGGAACAAAAUAUUUAAAGCCAUCGGGAUCUUUGUCCUCCCGCGAGCUCUGCCAUUUUCAUGCUGGACGCACAUCAAACCAUGGACUUCUUUCAUACAGAUCGUAUUUCCUGUGUGUAUAUACUUUUUCUUUGCAGUAGUAAACAUGCCUGUCUUGAAAUGAAUUAAUUUAUUUGUUGGGGGGACAGAUGUUCAAAGAGGCGAAAUACAUGUAUAAAAGUAUGUUGGAUUGACAUAAAAGAAUUAAAAUAAUCAUCAAAAAAAAGGAAAAAAAAACUUGGACAAAGGAUGGCACAGGCUCUGAGGACCAAAGGGACCUCGAUGGAAGAACACUUUGUAAUCUGGGGCAUUUCAGUUUGCAAUAUUGUUUAAGUAAAGAAGUCAUUGUUAAAGGUGCUACAUCCCAGGUAUGAAAAACGGUGGUUGUUGGGGUUUCCCUGGAAGUGAAUGGCUCAGGUGUUUUUGGAGGAAUUACAUCGUAAAGGACGGCAGACAGCCUCAGGGACAGUCCAACCUGGGAAAAUUCCCUCCGACUCCGAGAGACUCGAUCAGCUGGGCAGCGUUUCACACGAACCGUCCAUCGGUUUUCCUUGCUCUGUUUGUUCUUUUCAAGCCGCGUGAUCCAUACAAUGCUUUUCUGUCACCAUGUCCGUGUCUAUAAUUAAACGUCAGCUUGUCCUCAUGGAGCGAGCGUGCCGUCAAAGCCAUGAGUAACAUCUGUGGUUGUGAUGAGAGUGAUGACACCAUGUUUUACUCCCUGUCAGGAUUUACAGUUUGUUGUCUUUAGAUGGUGAGGGUCAGGGGAUGUGGUUGUGGUGUUGGUUUUAGGGAAGCCAUUCAGACCUAAUACACACAACUGCAGUUUUUGGUUUGUUUGUUUGUUUGUUUUUUAAAUCACCAUAGUAAAUUAGGGUCAAUUUACUGCCUUUUAUUUCAGGACAAGUUUUUAAUUUCAUCUGAAGUGUGAUGCUUUUUGCACAAUUCAAGAAUUAAAUCAGCUUCUGUGAUGAUUUGUUUUAACAGUAAAACCGUCUCUUUUUUUUUUUGCAGUUUGCCAUAUUUUUUAUAGUGCACUUACCAUUUGAAAUUUGAAUUUGUAAAUAUUGAAAAAAAAAAUUGAAAUAAACAUUGAUGUUAAAUUAUCACAUCAGAGUGGUAGAUUUUUGCGAGCAAAAUAAAACCACAUGCAGUGUC